CGAUUUUAGAUAAGCGUACGUUAAUAUUUAAGUAUCUUUUAAGAGUUGAGCUAACGAACUGAAAACAGAGGGGAGAGAGGUUAAAGAAAAAUGAUUGUCUUGCGUUUGCCAACCUUUGGUUGUCCAUUACAUCCUCCCUCAGCCAAAUUUUGCAGAGAUUUUGACAAAUCACUAUCGCCACUUUUAUUUUCUCCAAACACUGCUCUCUCUUAUUCCAUAUUCAACUUCAAAUUAAGCUCCAAAGCUUCUCUCAAGUGCUGUUGCAUCAAAAAUGAAAUUAAAGAACAACCCAUUAAGGGUUUUUCUGUGUUGGCAUCAGAUAUCCCAUGGGAGAGUGAGAGUUUAUGGAGCACUAUGGCUAUGUAUAUGUUUAAUUUACAUAUUCCUUUGGGUUAUGGAGGCAUGUCUGUUGCUGCGUAUGUAUUGAAUCAACCUGUUCUUGAGCCACAGACUCAAGCACUUUCCUUGCUUGUUUUCCAGAUCUUAGAACUCAGUGGAGCUCUGUUUCUACUAAGCAGGACCAUUAAGCCGCAGCAUGACCUUUUAACUUUGUUCAAAGCUAAAAAGUUAUCAGAAGAGAGGAACUGGUUGCUGGCAUCUGCACUGGGUCUUGGGUUUCUUAUUUUGUUGGUUUUCUCUACGUUGCUCAUUGCUGACAGAUUAUUUGGGGCAAAGGCUGCCAGCAAUUCCAUAAUGAAGGAGAUACUUCUAAGCAGCAACAUAUCGAAAACUGCGAGUGUCCUUGUUAAUUGCAUCAUCGCUCCCUUAACUGAAGAAGCUGUUUAUAGAGGGUUUUUGUUGACAUCUCUUGCUGCCACACUAAACUGGCAAAAGGCAGUUGUCAUAAGCUCAGCCAUCUUCAGUGCAGCUCACUUUUCAGUCGACAAUUUUCUACAAUUAUUUAUCAUUGGGUGUGUGUUAGGAUGCUCUUAUUGUUGGUCUGGCAACUUACGUUCUUCCAUUGUUAUACAUUCCCUGUACAACGCCUUGAUACUAUUGAUGACAAUUUUGUCUUAAAUUUUUUCAUCAAGUCAUUGUCUUUAAGUUUACUAGUUAAGAAGCUAAAUAAUAUGUAGUGUAAAUUAACUUGUUUAUAUUAAUUGUUUAAAGCAUAAGGAUAAGAUGAUAUUAAAGUAAAUACUAAACAUAAUAGAUUUUAAGAAGCAGAAAAAGAGAAAUCUGAUUUGGAAAUAGAAGAAUCAUAUUCAUAUAUAUACACAUACACACACACACACACACACACGUAUAAGUUGAACAAAUGCUGAACAAGAAUGCUAAAUCUAUGGUGGGGCUUGAAUGCUGAAUAAAUGCUGAGCAAGAAUGCUAAAUGUAUGAAGGAGAGGGCAAGUCCUAGUAGUCGAAAGUGGGAUUGCUCACCAUCAUGAUCAGCAUGUAACUGUAAGUCGUUCCGCAUCGCUUUUCUUAGCAACAGGCGUUUGAGUAGGAGAAGCAUAAGCCACAGCAACAAGAAAGUGCAGCUACUGCCUAACAUGGGUUUCCAUUGGUGAUGCUUGAUGGGAUUUCAAGCUUUUCGAGUUGAAGUGCAUCUUCAGUGUUGAUCCUUGAGAAGAGUUCAAGGCUGACUAGGUGGUCUUGUGAACGUGGAGCUUGCUGUGGUAGUUCGAAGUUCGACCAAAUGGUGGAGUUUGAAACGUUGUAAAACAUGGAGUGUUCUUGCAACUAAUGCUUAACUUUAGCUUUGUAAUUAAACUAUAAAUGUUUACCAUAAUGGAUUAGCUUUAUCUAGACUUAGUCUCAUGGAUGUAAGUAUGUUGUCGAACCAUAUAAAAAUCU